GCAAAGAUUGCAUGUGGCCAAGCCUGGCUACAUGCAGUGCACAGUUACAGGGCUCUGAAUACAUUGUAUUCCCAUUAGCUGUGUACAUAGACGUGCCUGGAGCUGCCCAGAACCGCCCCAUCAGCCUGCAGUCCCAGCUCUGAGUUACAGAGAGCAGCCCAACCAUAAGGAAGCCCUUCCAACGCUGCAGGCAUGGGGGCAUUGCUCAAAUUAACUUUAAUCGGGAUCAGCCUGGCCUUCAUAGCUGAGAGGAUAGUACAAUUAAGGUAACAUUCCAGCUGUUUUAUUUCACACAAACUUUCUGUGUUCUAGAACAAGUUACUUUUUGCAAAAACCAUCAGAGGGUUUUUGAGAUAAACAACGCUAUAUACACGUUUUAUUGGGACUAUAUCUCAAGGCUUAUCCUUAUUGCAGCUUCCAGGCAGAUCCUGAGAGCCUCAACUACUGCAAGACUACAAGUCCCACUAACUGCAGAGGAUGAUGUGGGAUAGAGUCUGGUUGCAGGUGGAGGGUGCAAAGUGCUUGCUGCUGAAACUUACACAUUUUUUUAUAAUAUUGGUCUAUAACAGCAGCUGUAGUGUUUUUACAGAGUGGGUGAACAGUCCUUUUAACACAUCACAUUUAUUGACUGGAUGUUUGGGUGCUUGUCUUAUCUGUUUUGCUUAGUGAAACCGUACUAACCACCACCAGCAGCUAGAGCUGAGCUGAGCUGAGCUGAGGUGUGUGUGUGUGUUGAAAAUGUUAAUACAUUCUUAGAACUUGGAGUUCAAUUUUCAAACCUAGAUACAUCUACAUAAAUUUAUUUUUAUCUUACAUUUAUUGGUUUUCAUGUUUGCGAUACGAUACAAAUGCUGCAUGGAUUCUGUAUAAUGUUUUAUAUAACACGUAUGCCUAAUUAUGUUAGAAUAUGCCACACUUCAUGAUGUUUCUCAUGUAGGUGCACAUAUCUGUAUUGCUACAUCAAGUUUCCUUUUUUCCAUUUUUUUUCUUUCUUAAAGAUUAAUGAUGUCUGGUUUACAGUUAGUUAAAAUAAUAUUGGGGUUAAUGGGGCAUUCUAAGUAUCUUAGCCAGUACAGCUCAUUGUAGUUGUUAUGGUGCUUUGCGCCCCUGGUUUUAUGCCAAACCUUUAAAUAGGGGUACCACUUAGAAAACAUCUAUGAAUGACCGAUAAACAUGUAUCGAUAUUUAUAUAUAUAUAUAUAUAUAUUUAUAUCUAUUCUCUCUCAUGUGGUAUUUGAAGCACAUAUACAGUGGGUGCAUAUUUCUGUGUGUGGAUGUAGCAUGUGAGCAGUGGCGGACUGGGUAUAAAAAUAUUGGUUGCCAGUAGGCAAAGGGUGCCUGCCCAAAACUAUAAGGCUAUCAUUUAGUUUUUAUAAGAAAUACAAUUAAAAAAAAACACACAAGUGGGAAAAAAAGGUACCAUUAACAUCUUUGUAAAAAAAAAAAAUAUAUAUUUUUUUUAGUUGUUACAGUGUACAUGUAUACGGUAGAUAGUAAAUGUAAAUACAGAUUGUUAUAAUUUUAUUUAAAAACUUAAAAAAAAUAAUUUAAUAAACGGGGAUAUUGACUUUUUUUUUUUUAAAUGAUUUGGCAUCUUCACAGCAAUUCACAAAAAUAUAUAAAAGUACAACUGCCAUUUCAAGCUUUUGAAACCUAAAUACUGAGGCUUUAGAAUAUUAUAUUUUACAUUAUUAUUAUUAUUAUUAUUAUUAUUACUACUAUUAUUAUUUUAUUAUCUAUAACAUAUGGUCAAAUCGUCCGGUUACUUUACCAAUAAUAUUGGAGUUUCAAUAAAAUGGAACUUGAUAUAAAAAAAUAGGCAUAUAAGUAGUAUAUUCCACAUUUCAAAUAAUGCACUGCAUCUUUACCUCUAUAAGAUAUAUCAGGUCUGUAUAUAUGGCAUAAAUAUCUACUGCUGACUAAAUGUAGUCCAAGCUCCAUAACUCAAAUAUAGAAAAACAUAGUUAAAGGACCACUAUAGUGCCAGGAAAACAAACUUGUUUUCCUGGCACUAUAGUGUUAAUAGGUCCCCCCACCCCGCCGGGCUGAAGUGGGAGGAAGGGGUUAAAUUCUUACCUUUCUUCAGUGUCUGGCUCCCUCGGUGCUGGGGACUCUCCUCCUCCUUUUGACGUCAUCGGCUCAAUGCUUUCCUAUAGACGCUGGCGGAGAAGCGCGGAAGCGCCUCUAGCGGCUGUCAAUGAGACAGCCACUAGAGGCUGAAAUAACCCAUAUGUAAACAUAGCCAUAGCCUCAGCAGGCAGGGUUAACCCUAGAUGGACUUGGCACCCAGACCACUUCAUUAAGUUGACGUGGUCUGGGUGCCUAUAUUGGUCCUUUUAAGGAAUGGUUGCAGUGUCUAUUAAACAUAAACUUUCUGUAGGGAGAGUAAGAUUGGACUAUUUCUAGGUUUACAGUGCCCUGCAUCGCCAUGUAUUGGUUUAAAAAAAAAUGUAUAUCAAAUCCUCUAAAUCAGUGGUAGUCAACCUUUUUCUACCUACCGCCCACUAAUGCAUCUUUCUUGAUGGAAAAAUUUCCUUACCGCCUACCAGUUUUCGCGCAAGUGCAGAAUAUUUAUUAGAAAGGAGGGUGUUUUAAAAAAAAUAAAAGUAUGUACAUUUAUCUUUUUAUUUCUACAUAAUGCAUGUUUAUAAUGUUUUUAACUUUAUAAAUUUUAAUUGGAAAACAAUAAAGUAAAUUGAAAUUACCUUUACUAGUGAUUAAUGAGAUCCUUGAGGCUGAUGCUGCAAGACUAAGUAUUUGAUAUCUGGUUCGAUUUCCGUAAGGAACAAACAAAGGUCUCCUCUUUCGGUGAUAUUCAGACGACUUCUCUGUUUGCGCAUAAUAUGAUUUCUCAUCUGUGCGUCAGCUCAUCUCAUCUCCCUCCUCAAUUCCCCUCCCCACCUUUUUUAUCCCUUUUUUUUUUUAACCUUCCUUAUAGCAAUGCCCAGUAGGAAGGCUUAGCUCGGUAGCCCACUUACUAUAGCCCACUAUAACAGACAGGCACACAUACAUACACACACACACACAUAAAAAGACACAUACAUACAAACAUACAGGCACACAUACAGGCACACAUACAGACACACAGACAGGCACACAUACAUACAUACAUACAGAAAAACAGACAGGCACACAUACAGACACACACACACACACACACACACACACACACAAGACACAUGCAUACAGACAGGCACACAUACAUACAGACACACGCACACAUACAUACAGACACACACAUCCAUACAAACAGACAGGUACACAUCCAUACAAACAGACAGGUACACAUACAUACAGACAGGUACACAUACACACAUACAGACAGACACAAGACACAUACAUACAAAGACAAGACACACAUACAUACACACACACAUAUAUACAGACACACACACACACACACAAGACAUACAUACAUAGACACACACAAGACAUACAUACAUAGACACACACAAGACAUACACAAGACAUACAUACAUAGACACACACACACACAAGACACACACAAGACAUACAUACAAAGACACAUAGACACACACAAACACACACAAAAUAUUGACUUUCCCUGGGGUCCAGUGGUGGCUCAAGUGCAUGGGAGUUAGAGUUCCCACUCUGACUCCCUGGUCUCACUCCGGCGCGGCUCUCAGUUUUAGCUGGGAGGAGUGACGUGUAGUCACUUCCUCCCAGCGUGUGAUGUCAUAAUAGGGGGCCCGGUCGCGCUGUUAAAGCGCCCAGCGCUGACCGGGCCCCCUCUCAAUCCACAUCCAUCGUGUGGCCCUGACAGCAUGGGCCACCCGAUGGACCCCUUGGGUGGCGGCCCCGGCGGUUUGCCACGCGGGUCGGGCAGGAAAAUGGUGACGGCGGUACCCGGUCGCACGGGUACCGCCGGCUCGCACCCGCCCACCCAAUCUCUGAAAUCCCUACCGCCCACCUGGAAUCCUGAAACGCCCACUAGUGGGCGGUAGGGACCAGGUUGACGACCCAUGCUCUAAAUAAAAAGAAUAAGAAAAAAUAUACCAUAAGUAUGGGUUUGUCACCGACAAAUUGUAUGCAGUUAACCUUUUGUAAAUGCGUCUUCUUGGAUUACAACCAGGGACAUAUUAGCUGUGAGGCAAACAAGGCAUUUGCCUUGGGCGGCAAUUUCCAGGGGGCGGCAAAAAACGCCGCCCCCAAAUGCCUGGGCAAAUGCCUUGAUAGCCUGGCGGCUAACAGUCCAGACCGGCAGUUGUCCGGCUAAAAAUCCGGUCGGGCAGCGCUGGCGAGGGAGCACUUUCCCCAUAGCUCUUUGCUCAGCUCCCUCGCGCGCCGCAGAGUGAUGCUGGGAGCCGGAAUAUGACGUCAGCGCCGCCCGACCGGAUUUUUAGCCGGACAACCGUCUCAUGCCUCCCUUCCUGUGAAAAGCCCCACUGGACCCCAGGUAAAAAAAAUCCACCCAGCACUCUCAAAAAUAGGGAUUUAGAUUAAAAAAAAAUAAUAAAAGUUAUCGGUUAAUGUUUGGGGAGGGGAUGAGGGGGGGCUGUCAGUGUGUGUAUGUCUAAGUGAUUGUGUGUGUAUGUAUGUCUGUCAGUGUGUAAUUGUGUAUGUAUGUCCUGACAGUGUAUGUGAGUAAUUGUGUAUGUCGCACUGCCGUUGCAGUGUGACCCUAGCUUGACUCCGUCUCUGCAUGAGCUGUCAUGCUACAGCCGCAGGGGAGGAGCAAGUUGAACACUAUGCGUAAUAGUGUAAUAAAAAACAAAUGCGCGCAGUGCAGAGAUUGUUGCAGGCUUAAGGGACAGUUGUUUUGGGCCCCGCAGCUGCCACUUUUUCUCCGCUGCCACGUUAAAGAAGGCAUUUUUUUUUACAUAGUUGUUUAAGGGGGCCCACUUGCCAUCGAGCAAGCUGACACCCUGGCCAGUCCGCCACUGCAUGUGAGUGCUUUGUUGUAUUGUUUACAGUGUGUGAAUGUUGAGGUUAGUCUGUAAAUGCUGUUGGUGGUGCUGGUACUGUAUGCAGGGUUUAUUUAGUGUAUGCUGAUGAGGUCAGUUUGUGGAUAUUGUGGGCAGUGUUUUUGUAUGCUGGGUUAGAUUACGAAUGCUGUGGGCAGUGUUUUUGUAUGCAGGGUUAGAUUUUGAUUGCUGUGGGCAGUGUUUUUGUAUGCAGGGUUAGAUUUUGAUUGCUGUGGGCAGUGUUUUUGUAUGCAGGGUUAGAUUUUGAUUGCUGUGGGCAGUGUUUGGGUGCUGGGUUAGAUUAUGAAUGCUGUGGGCAGUGUUUGGGUGCUGGGUUAGUUUGUACACCACUGACUGGCUUAGAGCGGUCAGCUGAUGCUUUCAGCCAAUCAGUAACUCCCCAUUCACUAAACUGGCUUUAAAAAGAUACAUACAUAUAUUGUGUGGGGAGGUUGGGAGCCAAUAUGUGUGUGUAUAUACGUAUACACACACACAGACAAUAUUUGCUAUAGCAUACCUCCCAACAUUUCGAAUGGACAAAGUGGGACUCUUCCAUUUUAGGUGUGAUGGUAUGAGUGUGGCCAGGGACGAGGCCACGAGACAUUUUGGGUGACUUACUAAUAACUAAAAUGUAAUUUAGAGCAAGAAAACUGUAUCUUAUUUAUAUGAUUUCUAAACGCAUAUUUAUUUCAGUUUAAAGACAACUUACAAGGACAUUUACUGUGAAGCUCUGUUGACACACCAACAAAAUUGAGCUCCUAGAGGAAAAGAGGGACAAAAGAAUAGAAAAAGUGGGACGGAGGGACUUGAACCAAAAAUAGAUAAGCCCCAUAAUAGGGAAACUUGGGAGGUAUUCUAUAGCUCAGUGAUCACAGCCUAUCAUUGCAAAGCGGGCAAAUAUUUGUGCUGUUUAAAUGAACUAAAAUCCCUUAUUUUUACACCCGAGGCAAUUUUGACACUUUUUGUAAACUGGUUUGAGAACGGAAUGAAAAAAACCAGACACACUUAACCUUUAGAAUCCGAAUACCGGAUGCUGUAGUAGUUAAAAUUAUUUGAAUAAACACAAGAACUAAGCUCUGCUUUGGGAGAAUUGAUUAUCACAUUUUACAGUGCUCCUCAAUCAAUGGCCAGUGGCUUACAUGUGCUGUCCUUCAGUUUAGGCACAGUCAGAUUAUGUAGAUAUGCUACUAGACUCCCACUGCAAGUGAAAUAAUACAUUUUGCAGAUGCAGGAAGUGCAGCUUAACUAUUUAUGGUCUUCAUUCAAGCCUGGAAUGUGAAGUAAAAACCUCUUUAUAACUGACUUUUUUAAUGAGGAAGAUAAAUCAGUUUAAAGUCAUUUUAAACCAUAUUGUUACUACUAGAGUAGUUAUAAUCCACUCUAAGCAGGCAUAGAGCUAGGGUACUUAGAAUUAGUUAUAGAAGGUUAUUAAACAGUCAGUCUAGGUAUAAACAAAUAUCAGGAUAUUGUGGUAUGAUGGACUUUAACCCCUUAAGGACAUAUGACAUGUGUGACGUCAUGAUUCCCUUUUAUUCCAGAAGUUUGGUCCUUAAGGGGUUAAUAGUCCUUCUUUCUAAAAGCUCAGCCAGAAUGUUUACUACUUUUUUUAUUAUUAUUUUAUUUCUAUUUCUCAAAACUUACUAUGGGAUCUGUUUGCUAAACCAUUAAUUAUAGUUGAAAACCAAAUCAGAACCUUGAGGACCCAGGUCUGUAGUACCCCAACACUCCUGAUUUUUGAGGAACAGUCCAGAUUUCAGGAUUUUGCCCCACCAUUCCCUGGUGUCCUGCAUUUGCUCAGGACUGAAACUGUGCUAAUUGCAUGGUCUGACCUUGAUGGACUGGCCUGCCUGGAGUGCAUUCUUUAUAUAGACCCGUCCCCAUUCUGGGCAAGUCUGUCCUCUUUGGACAGUGCCAGUGACGGAAUUUGCUUCACUAGCAUCCUGCCUCUUGGGACACCAAUAUUGAGGGUAUGAAGCACUAAACGUGGAGCAAUCACUAUGGAAACCAUUGCAACAAGCAGGCAUAUUUCAUUGGUGAUGACUCUCCUUUUACGUUUUUGAAUCACAUUUUAGAACAGAAGACUUUGAUAAAUCUCUCACUGUGUGUAUUGUCAUACAUUGAUAGAAGUAUUCAUCUAAAGAAGACUAGACUCUAGCCAUAAACAGAUGUAUAUCAGGAAAUAAUGCAGUGAUGUUCAGAUGAUGUGCAGUUUGUUUUAAGGGUACUCAUUUUAUUUUUGAUAUUGUGAUUCUUUCUUUAUAUAAUGAGUUGCAAAUAACUCUACGCCCGAUUGUUAAAAAAAUAUAUUGAAUAAAGUGGCCGCUACCAAAUGACUUUAUUUUUUUUACAUGUAUUUUUUGGUAAUGUAGUUGAGAUUACCUAUGUUUUUGUAAGUUAAAUAUACAGUUGUUGAUUUGAUAUUAACAGGAUUAUUCACAAAAGUGAAAAGUCUGUAGUUUUCCAAUUUUAGGCUAAUAUAGCCGAAUAGGAAAACGUCUCCAGGUAAGCUAUGUUUAUAGUUUGUCUAUUUUGGCCUUGAAUUUGAAAUGCUCCCCUUAAUGAAUAACCUUGUAUGUGUUAGCAUUAAACAAAACCACUCUGUUCUAUAAACCGUUUUUUUUUUUAACUGUAACUAGAAUAAUGAACCUGAACAUUAAAUAAUAAUUUAUUUUUUUCUCCAUUUCAUCAUUUAGCCAUCGGUUGAACUUUUCACGAGAGGUGGAACCCAUAGACCUUCCCAACUGUCAGUUAUUGAAAGGGAUUGGUAUGUAUCUUAUUCUUAAACUUAACCCCUUAAGGACACAUGACAUGUGUGACAUGUCAUGAUUCCCUUUUAUUCCAGAAGUCUGGUCCUUAAGGGGAACACUAUAGUGAUCGGAAUACAAAGCUGUAAACCACUAGAGGCAGUCUUAACCUUCUAAUGUAAACAUUGCAGUUUCUACAAAACUGCUAUGUUUUAGAUUGCAGGAUUAAGGGGAUAGGGGCACUGCACCCAAACCACUUCAAUUAGAUGAAGUGGCCUAAAUGUCUGUCUAUAAAGUACCUUUAAAGGGGCUCUCAACCACGUGAAAAUCUGAUCCACAUUACAGAGUAAAGGGCCUUGACCUGCAUUACUUAUUAUAAAUGCACAAACAUAUCCAGGUUUUGUGCAAUAAGUGAGAUACUUUGCUUUGCUCUCUGUUUGUCAUAAAGGUCAUUGUAAUGCAACCUAUUACACAAUGCAUGACGUACGGUUAAUAUUUAUUUAUUGGGAUGUUAAUUCAGGUCAGUAAGGGAUUGACAAAUGUCUGUAGAAUUUAGGAGAGAAAUGGAAACCGUUCAUGGGACCAUUCUGAUAUUUUUAAGAGCUAGGUAACGUGUUAGGAAUCUACGGAAUUUACUAUUAGCUGAAAAAUGUAACUGCUGGCACUAACUGUUGCAUUCUGUAGCUCCUUUCUUGUGUACUUUAUACUAUGCUUUCAAUUGAAUUGGUUUAAAAUGGACUGUUUGUUACCAAAAUGAUAUGGUAGUAUUCAGUACGUUUUUAAUAUGCAUUGAGGUGGUGAAAAUAACAGUAAAUGUAUAUACAGCAAUGUGCUGAUUUACCGCUCAAAAAUGGCUACCAGAAGGAAAUGGGCUAGUGUGCAUACCCCGACUACCCACUGGAAUGACACAGGUGUGCCCCAAAUAUACACUAGGAAUCAUGGAAUGAGAUUGUCAUGUGUAUGUCAAAUCUGUAGUAUUUACUCAUAGGGCAAUAGUAACAAAAUAAAAAAAUACAUUUAUUCAUUUGCAGAGAAUCUAUAAAUGGAAUGUUGUGUCUGCCAAGUACUGCUAUAAAAAUUUAAAUAAAUUCCUCUCCACCUUGGGGAAAAUAGAGCAGUCUGACACCUUAAACUUUACAUUCAGAGAACAUGCAAUAUCAGACAAAAUACUGUAUGCAUAUUUAAAAAGUUACUGUAUGCGGCUUGUUUCUCCUCUGUGUUGUUUUAGUAUUGUAAAUAACGAUAUUAAUUGUCUUUCUAAUCGAGUGUAAUAUAUAUUUGUGUAGUCUACCAUUUUGCUCCUGCUGACAUCAUGAGGUGUGUUUUUUUUUUUUUUUAAUUUUAUUUAUUUAUUUAUUUAUAUUAUCCUAAAACAGGUCAAAACAAAAUGUUUCAGUAGACUUAUGGGGAGCACGGCCUGAUCAUAGAGCAGACAGAGGCCGGGGACUUAAUCAUAUUCAGCUGCUUGUCCUUUUCCCUUCACGGUAUCCUGCUUGGACUGCUGUUCUGCAGGGUAACUCCAGAUCUGUUUUGAUCAUAAAUACACAAAAUAUUCUGAAAAAGGAGAAGGGGUUUAAAGAUGGAAAAUAUGAUGAAAAAAUAUAAGAAAAUAUGGUGCUACAGUGGGGUUUAGGGUUCAAGAGCAUCUAAAAUGGUAGAAAGAACACGGGUUUGUAUUCCUGACACUAUAAUAUCCCUUUAAAAUAUCAGGAUGAAAAGCUAUGGAAACUCUCUAAAACCGUAGGCUUAUGCUCAAACAUGAACAGUUACACUAGAUUUUUCCAAUAAUCUAAUUUAAGCGAUAAAUACAAUUGUUUUUUUUUUAAAUUGUUUUAAAAAUGUUUUUAUAAACAACAAUCUAAUUUAUGAGACAUUGUUUCUGUGUUUAGCAUAUUUAAGCAAUAUAUUAACCUUGUACUAAACUUCCAAUAAAGGCACCAAUGACGUGGUCUUGCUGUAGUCCUUUAAUUUUGAACCUGCAAUGUAAGUAAGGCAUUGCUGUUUAGUAUAUAUUCAAAUCUUAUAUCCCAGGGUUAAAUAUGACACUAGUGGCUGUCUACCUGACAGCUACUACAGACACUUCCUCUGUUAGAAACAAGCCAAAUUCACAGCUAACCUCCAAUGGGAGGUUACACAGGUGCUUAUUGCCCCUUCUUUGAGGAGCAUUGGAUUGGACAUUUAGAAGCUCCAGAGGACUUGAUCUCAACACUGGGGGAAAAAAGGUAACUAAAUCUCCCCUCCCCCCCACAAUUGUGUUUUAGAUUUAGGGGUGACCAUGAAAAUCCAUAAAGAGGAGAACACUUAUAGUGUUAGGAAUAGAGGUUUGCAUUACUAAUCCUAUAGUGUUGAUUUAAGAUGAUUUAAAGGAACACUAUAGUCAUCUAAAUUACUUUAGCUAAAUAAAGCAGUUUUAGUGUAUAGAUCAUUCCCCUGCAAUUUCACUGCUCAAUUCACUGUCAUUUAGGAGUUAAAUCACUAUGUUUCUGUUUAUGCAGCCCUAGCCACACCUCCCCUGGCUAUGAUUGACAGAGCCUGCAUGAAAAAAAAAAAAAACUGGUUUCACUUUCAAACAGAUGUACUUUACCUUAAAUAAUUGUAUCUCAAUCUCUAAAUUGAACUUUAAUCACAUACAGGAGGCUCUUGCAGGGUCUAGCAAGCUAUUAACAUAGCAGGGGAUAAGAAAAUCUUAAUUAAAUAGAACUUGCAAUAAAGAAAGCCUAAAAAUGGCUCUCUUUACAGGAAGUGUUUAUGGAAGGCUGUGCAAGUCACAUGCAGGGAGGUGUGACUAGGGUUCAUAAACAAAGGGAUUUAACUUCUAAAUGGCAGAGGAUUGAGCAGUGAGGCUCCAGGGUCAUGUUCUAUACACCAAAACUGCUUCAUUAAGCUAAAGUUGUUCAGGUGACUAUAUAGUGUCCCUUUAACCCCUUAAGGACACAUGACAUGUGUGACAUGUCAUGAUUUCCUUUUAUUCCAGAAGUUUGGUCCUUAAGGGGUUAAGAGUGUGGAAUUUUGUGUUAUUGUGUAUAGUGUCCACAUCUAGCACCUGGGAAAGUUGAAGUUGGGCCAUCGAGUGCAAGUUUUGUACAAAGUAUUUAAUUUAUGAGACCUGGUACAUUUUACUUUAAUAGCCUUAUACCAGACAUAUGCAGCUCUUUAGACUGGGCGAAUCAGACCCAUGGGGGAGUGAGGAGAGGGGAGGGGGAAUGAAUUUGGCUUUGUUGAAUAUUCCAAUAAAUUUAAUUGAGGCUCUUGAAUAUUUUACAUUUUUUGGGCACUUAUAUACAUGAAGAUUGGCAACCCCUUUCUUAUACUAAUAGAUUAUUCAUUAAACAAAAAAAAGUUAAGUGUUCUAGAGGUUUUGAAAUAACAUUGUGGCUAUUGACACAUUGGAUCUAGACUUUGGAUAUCUGUGCAUGUCUAUAUUUGCUUUUCAGAUCUGAAAUUAUUUACUAUUCAUUAGUAUAAGAUGUUGCAAUUCUGAUUUUAGAGGGCAUUUUUAUAUGCACAGGGGCAAAACCUUGAGAAAUAUUUGAGAAGUCUUUGUAAUACAUUUUUUUUUAUUGUUUUUAAUAUUAAAGGACCACUCUACACUUCUACAACAAAAAAAUAAUCAACCACCCCCCACAGAUUAGUAGAUAUACCCCAAAUGAAUACACAGUUUGCAAUGACAUUCAAACUGGCAUGGAAUAAGGAGACCUAACUGGAGCUAUUUUCCUUGAUUUUGCAAAGGCCUUUGACACGGUAGACUAUGACAUUCUACUGCACAAACCAAAAAACACAGGCAUUGGUGAUCUCUGCUAACCUGGUUUCGAUCAUAUGUAUCCGAUCGAUCACAAUAUGUGUCCAUUUCUGACAGCGACUCCCUCCCUCUCCCAGUCACGUGUGGUGUUCCCCAAGGUUCCAUUCUCAGCCCCCUACUAUUCAAAUUAUUUAUAAAUGAUCUGCCUAAUGUCUGAAAAUCCUCACAUGCACGCAGACGACACAGUAAUCUAUGCAAGCAAAUCCAAUCUACCACAGCUUGAGGCUGUGCUCCAAGACCAGUUUACAGAGGUAGAAAAGUGGAUUGCAAAAAACAAACUCUUCCUGAACACUGACAAAACUGUCACAAUGAUCUCUGGAACAGUACCUAAAUUACACAAAUUACACAAUUCCCACCUAUCCAUCAAAACAAAUUCAAAUGGCACACUGACCGCGGUCCACUCUUUCAAAUACUUGGGUAUGUUGUUAGACCCCAAUCCAUCUUUUGGCCUCCACAUAGAAAAACUUGCAUCUAAACUUUAUCCAAAACUAGGUGCCCUGUACAGAAACAAAUCCUGCCUAAGCCCUACAGUAAAGGAAAAGAUUGUACAGCAAAUGCUGAUGCCAAUCCUUGAUUAUGGGGAUGUAGUAUAUGCACCUGCACCGCAAACUCCUCUCGAUAAACUCGUUCUGCCGAUUUGUGCUACAAUGUAAUUACAGGACCCACCACUGUGACAUGCUAAAAGAACUAAACUGGCUGUCGCUGGAAUCCAGACGCACACUUCAUCUUUACAGCCUUGUGAUAGUUUUUUUGGGAAGCUCCCAUCCUACCUGAGCAGAAUGCUCUCCGCGGCUGUUCCCACCUCCUAUGAACUCCGAUCCAGUACCAGCACGAUAUUUAGUCUACCUCAAUACAAAAAGAAAGCGUCUUGAUCCUCUUUUACCUACAGAGCACCACAAUUAUGGAACGACCUCUCGCACACUUUCAAAUCUUCCCCAGGCCUAAAAUCCUUUUAAGAGAUCCAUCUCUACAUAUCUCAAAACAGAAUGCACCUGUCAUGGUUGAUUAUUUCUUACCUGUUCUAUGUUAAAUUGUGUAUUAAUAUUGUUUUGUAUUUUAUUGUAUCAUUGCAAUGUUUUGUGAACAUACUUGACCUACUUGAAAACGGACGUACUAGGACAUACUUGAAAACAAGAGAAAUCUCAAUGUAUCUUUCCUGGUUAAAUAUUUUAUAAAUAUAAAUAAAUAAAUUGGGAGUAUAGUCUAAAAGAGCUUACAAGAGCUGCAGUUCUUAUGACUGCAGCCUUUGUAAGCCCUCCCCUUUUUUCCCAGAAGAGACCUUCAGUCUCUUCACAGGGAAAUAACCAAUCAGAGGCUUCUCAUUGAGAAGCCUCUGACUUGGUCCCCACGUGCACGUGCAAAUCCCCUGUCCUGUGUGCAUGUCUGAAGCUGAGGAGCUGCUCUGGGGUCUGUGAGGGAGGAAGGAGAAGGCAGGCACACGCUACUGGAAGUAGGAAGGAAUCAGCCCCGGUUGUCUGACAGCCAGGGAUGAGUUCCCUAGUUAUUUUAUAAAAGUGCUGAUUUCUCAUAGAAAUCAACAGCUAAAUAAACUGGGUUUAAACUAGGAGACUACUCACCCAUAAAGCACUUCAGCAAGCUGAAGUGUUUUGGGGUGUGGAGUGUUCCUUUAAAUCUUGUAUAUUGCUUUGUUUAUAUUGCACAGAGCUGACAUUAACAGUGUUAAUAGCAUUAAAACGGCAUGAGAAUAUGCUUUACUAUAAAAAGUGAUUUAUGUUUAAAGAUGGGCGUCACUUACUGGGCCGGAAAUAAUUAAUACAUUUUUUAAAAUCACUUUAUGGGUUCAUUCACUUACUUUUACUGUUUAUUUGGGACUAGAAAUCAGUCUGACUGAUCUCCUUCCCAGACUUUCACUUUCCCUCUCCUCCUUUCCGACUCCAUUCCCUUUUCUUUACUGUCCCAUUUAACAUUACAAUUACCAUGUUUACUCUCUGAUGUUCAGAGGCUUUUUGACAAAAAAAAGUCUUUGCUGGUAGCAUAUAUUUAUUUGCUUUUAAUAACCUAGACAGGAUUACAAUAAUGUGUUGACUGCUUGCAUCGGAUCUCUAGUCUUGUAGACCUCCAUUCCCAUAUUCCUUCUUCAGUCUGGGUCUCUUUAUAUUCAUUUCCACUCACAUGUUUGUAAUUCACUAGUUGUACUCUUAACAUCUACCAUAGACUGCCAUAAAAAUAAAUUUAUGCAUUUUACUAUUGAACUAGUUCUGGGCUAGACAAAUCCCAGGUCGUCGCGGCCAUUAGGACAUUUGUCCUGGCACCUUGGAUUUGUGAGCCUGUUCAGUCCCAGAGGUGACCAGCUGCCUAAGAGCAGAGGCGAGCAGUCUGCUCACGGAGGGCUGAGUCAGGCGGGCAGCGGCAGCCGGCUCAUGGAGAGCUUAGGGAGGGAGGCGGCUGGCACAUUGAGAGUUGAGGGAGGGAGGCUGGUGGCUGACUGAAGUAAGGGGCAGCUGACUCUUGAAGAUCUGAGGGAGUCGAGCGGCUUACUGAGCAUGGAGGCCGAGAAGGGAGGGAGCUGUAAUUGCUCUGCUCCCUCUCGCACCUUGCAGUGAUGCCAGGAGCCGGAAUAUGACAUCACUCCUGCCCAGCGAUGAAGCUGAGCAGGGAGAUGACAGCAGCCCCACUGGUCCCCAGGGAAAGCCUAUCCACUCCAGCUCUCCAAAGGUAGGAAGGCUGGGUGGAUUUAAUUUAAAAUAAAAAAAGUAAUUGUCUGUGUGUGUGCAUGUGUGUCUCAGUCAGUGUGUGUUUAGAUGAUCUGCUCCCCUCCAAUCACAUGGUAAAGGUGUUUUUACUCACCCUUUUCCCACGUUGUGCUCGUGACGCCGCGGCUGACCCCCACGUCCAUGGUGGAGAUUAUCAAUCUUGACGAUCUCAGACAAUCCAAUGCUUACCCAUAGGAAAGCAUUCAGAGACUAUUGCGCAUGCACAGCAAAAUACCACUGCACCAAUCAACUUCUCCUCAUUGAAUCAAUGCAUCCCUAUAAGGAAUAUUAACGUAGUUGCUGCACAGUGUGAAGCACUGACCAAUUAAGCACCUCUAGAGACCGUCUGAGUGACUGUCACUAGAGGUGUCACCAGGCAGCAAUGUAAAUUCUGCCUUAUGUCUAAAAAGUCAGUGUUUACAUUGAAAAGCAUGCAGGGACAGGAUAUAGACUUUAGAAAAUCUACAUUAAGUUGUAGUGGUUCUGGUGACUAGAGAGUACAAAUUGUAAUUUUUGCUUUGAAAAACAUGACUCUUAACUUUUUUAACUGGCUCCUAGAUUCCAAGCAAACUUGUCAAGCCCUGAGCUAGUUUCAGUAAAUAAAACCGGUUCAUUUAUUGAAUGGUCUUUGUACUUUGGCUGUUUGUGGGGAAAAUAUACAUAUUGAGGUAGAAGCAUUCAUACCUUAAAAAAAAAAAAAAAAAUGCCAAUGCAAUGGCUAUGCCAGACAACAAAACAGAUCAAAUUAUUAUUUUUUUUUAUUCUUUAUUUUUCAUAGUAAAAGGAAGUGCAUAUGUGUGCCAAUGACUAGGCUUACGCAGAAGCCACAAGAGAAGUGCAUACAUGUGUGACAAUGCAUAGGUUUGCGAAAGACAGUUAUGACAGUUCAUUGGCUUACGUAGAAGCCGCAUUGCGUUUUCUGAUGGUUCAAUUACACAUUGGUAAGGGUGAUUACGUCAAGGCAAGAGUUAUGGUCUCUGUCGCCGCUAGUCUUGUCGGCGGUUAAUUUGUCAUCUCUUGGUGUGCUGAGACAACUCUGCUUGGUGAGGUCUUGCCUUGAAUACGUAUGUCACUUCAAUUAGUAUGGUUUUGUACGCUUGUUAACUAAACAUAUUAUAACAGGUAUUCUAAAAUCCAGUAUUAACCAGAAAUAUUGUGUUUAGUGAUACGGUGAACUGGUGCUUCUGUUUCCACGGCUCGGACGAGGGGGGGGGUCGUGUGUGUCCCUGUCGUUAGCCCUAGAUGUGUGUUCGGUUCCCCUGUCCGCCCUCCUUGUUUUCCUGAUAUUGUUCCCAUAGAUCCCAUAUUUUGCUAAAUUUUUUGGUGGUAUGCCUGACCAGGGAAGUUAAUCUGUCCAUAAGGUAAUUAUCUAUUAUCUUCGCUACUACCAGUGCUACUGGGGGCAUUUCUGGACAUAGCCAUUUCUGUGCUAGUGCUCUACGGGCCGCUAAGUAUAUCAUAUUUAACAGUUGUUGCUCUGGGCAUGGAAGGCCAUCUGUUGGCCUAGAGAGGAGGAGGCAGGCCCAGGGGUCUAGUUUUAGUGGUCUCUGCACUAUGUUAGUGCUUAGGUUGAUAAUUUGGACCCAGUAGGUCUGUACCAAGGGGCACUUCCACCACAUGUGCACAUAGGUGCCUUCUUCCCCGCAGCCGUGCCAGCACAGAUCUGUGGGGGUGAUGCGCAUGCGGAAUUGUUUUAAUGGUGUGGUGUACCACCUGAAAAGUGUGACACAUAUUGAUGAUCGGGCUGUGGCCUCCCAAAUGUCCUGCCAGUCAGAGCCCUCUAAUGUCUCACCCAGGUCUGUCUCCCACUUGUCUGUGUAUCGUAGCUCCCCCCAUUCUUUGGCCUCCCCGCUAAGGUGGGAGUAUAGUAACAAUAUGAGUCGACUGGGGUGUUUUUCCUGGUAGCAUAUAUUCUUGAACCAGAUGAGUGGGAGAGUGGCCGUCUCCUUGACUUCUUUUGAGCUAGCAAAGUCUCGUAAUUGGAGGUAGCGGAAGAAGUCCUUGGUGUAAAGGGGGGUUGUUCCCUGAGCUGGUCGUAUGUGACUACUUGGCCGUUUUUAUAUAGGUGGCAAUAUUUCUGGAUGCCUGCUCUCUCGAGGCCGCUAAAGUCACCCGCUGUCAUACCUGGUGGGAAGGAUCGGUUCCUGAGUACCGGGGACAUUGGAGAGGGGAACCUGCUUAAGGAGUAUUUGGUUGCUGUUAGGUCCCAAAUUCUUAGGGAGUUCGUUAUUGCUGGGCAGGUCACUCUAGGGAGUGCUCUGUGUGUAGCCAGGGGCAGAACUGUGGUAGAUCUUGCCCCAUUAGUGAGGUUUCGAGUUCUACCCAUCGACGGGUGUCUGGUGUGGAGUGCCAAUAUGCUAUUUGCGCUGUCUGCGCUGCUAGAUAGUAUAGGUACAUGUUCGGUAGUCCCAGUCCCCCUCUAUCCUUGGGUCUGUACAAGAGUUUCCUGGCUAUUCUCGGUCGUUUCUUUUGCCAAAUGAGCAUGUCUGUUGCUUUUUAGAGUGUGGAUAAGUCACUCCUCUUAACCUGUGUGGGCAGGGCCUGGAACAUGAAUAGUAACCUGGGUAGAAUAUUCAUCUUAAUUGACUGGAGUCUUCCUAACCAUGAAAUUGGUUUGUCCGUCCACUGCUCUAGGUCUCUCAGGAGUGUACGGAGCAAUGGGGAGUAGUUAGUGUCGUGUAGGUGUUCGUACUGUGCUGUAAGUUUGACCCCUAGAUAGGGUAUGUUGUCAGCUGUGAUGGAUAGUUGGUAUCUGUUGUGUAUUAUGGCUUUAUCUUGGGUCCGGAGGUGGAAUGGUAGUGCCAUGGAUUUGACCAGGUUCACUCUAUAACCCGCAAGGGAUCCGUACUUGUCUAGGAGGUCGGUCAGAUGUUCCAUGGAGGUCAAGGGGUCUGUGAGAGUCAGCAGCACGUCGUCUGCAUAAGCGGAGACUUUGAAGGUUUUCCCUGCUACCCUUAUUCCUUGUAUGUGGGGGUGUUGGCGUACGGCUUGUAGUAACAGUUCUAGGGAGAUGGCGAAUAGCAGUGGGGAUAGGGGGCAUCCCUGGCGUGUACCGCUAUGAAGGUGGAAGGGCGUCUUAGUGGCUCCUGCUAUAAGGGUUUGUGCUCUCAGGUUAGUAUAUAAGGUGCGUGUGGCCUGGAUGUAGGCUUCUGGGAAGCCCCAUUCUUCCAGCAGGCCAAAUAGAUAUGGCCAUUGCACUCUGUCAAAGGCCUUCUCCGCGUCCAGGGAGAUGGCCAGUGAAGGCAGUUCAGAUUUUUGCAUGUACCAUGUGAGCACCGCCCCCCUACGUGUGUUUUCAUAAAGUUGUCUACCGGGGAUGAAUCCCACCUGGUCCGGGUGGAUUAAGCGUGUUAGCAUCGGCGCCAGCCUGGCCGCCAGGAUUUUUGCAUAUAUUUUAAGGUCCACAUUGAUCAGCGAGAUGGGCCUGUAAUUCGAUGUGAGCUCACCGUCUUUCCCAGGUUUCAGGAUAAGUGUAAUGUUGGCCAAUACCAUGUCGGCAUCGGGUGCACCCCCAGUCAUAAAGUGGUUAUAUAAAGAAGUGAGGUGGGGGGCCAGCUCUUCUUUGAAUUUCUUGUAGUACCCUAUUUCGUAACCGUCGGGGCCUGGGGCUUUGUUACCUUUUAAGAUCGCUAUAGCGGUUUCUACUUCUAAUUGGGAGAUGGGUUCUUGUAAGUUUGUGGGGUCUAUAUCUGUUAUCUGAGGUAGCUUUAUGCUGGUAAGGAAUGUACGUAGUGAGGAACGUAGUUGUUCCGGUGUGUUUUGUGAGUGUUGGGCUUGCCCGUAGAGGUUCGAGUAGAACUCCGUGAAUACCCUGUUAAUAUCUUGGGGGGUCGUCGCUAGUUUCUGGGUGAGUGUGCGUAGUCUCGUGAUGGGUUUGUGGUCUCCACGGGGGCGCAGUGCUCUGGCUAGUAGGGAGUCCAUCUUGUUGGACUUCGUAGAACAGUCGUCUAGAUCUCUGAAUGGAGUGUGCGACCCCCUCGAGCAGGAUCCCCCUGAUUGAGUGUCGUAGAGCGGUGAGUUACGCUAGUUUUUCGACUGUGAGGUUUUGUUUGUGCUGUUGUUCCGCUUUUCUCAAAGCGUUCUGAAGUUCUAUUAGUGCUCGAGUGUUGCUGCUCUAAUGAAGUGUCCUCUCAUGACCGCUUUGUGGGCUGCCCAUAGCGCUACAGGGUCCACCUCAGGUGUGGUGUUUUGUGUGAAGUAUUCUGUGAGUAGGGUACGCGUGUCUUCGCAUAUAGUGUCACUAUUUAAUAGGCUUGUGUUAAGGCGCCAGGUCCAUGUGGCGGAGUAUUUGAGUUUGUGUAACGUAAUUGAUAUGUCCGCAUGGUCCGACCAAGUGAUACUGCCUAUGUCAGUAUGCACGAGCUUGGACAUCCCUACUUCGUUGAGAAAGAUGUGGUCAAUUCUCGAGUAUGUGCCGUGGGGCGCCGAAUAGAACGUGUAGUCACGUGUGUCUGGAUGCUGGAGCCUCCAGGAGUCUAGGAGCUGUGUGUUCGUAAGGAAUGUGUGCAGUAGCUUGUCCUGUGCUCCUCUCCCCUGGGACCUGGGUGAGCCUGUUUUCGUGCUUCUGUCGAUUGCCGGACUUGGUACGGCGUUAAAGUCGCCCCCCACCAGUGUAAUCCCUCCCCCUUCAGCGUUAAUUAUUGUCGUGAGAGUGUCCCAGUAUGUAGGAUCUGGUAUGUUAGGAGCGUACACAUUAAUGAUUCUUAUUUUUGUGCUGUGUAUGGUGCCUGUUAUUACGAUGUAGCGGCCCUCUGGGUCAGCUAGUGUCCCUGUCACCUGGAGUGGGCAGUUUUUGUGUACUAAUAUUGCCACUCCGGCGCGUUUGAGUAGCGCUCUCGCUUCGUGGGUCUGUGGGAAGUAUCUGUCUUUCAGGGUUACUGAUGCUGUUCUGGGUAUGUGGGUUUCUUGUAUAAGGGCAAUGUCUGUUUUGCGUGAUUUCAGAUCCCUUAACAGUAACCUGCAUUUGUUCGGGGUGUUCAGUCCCUUAACAUUGAGAGAGGCAAUUUUCAGGGCCAUGUGUAGGGUGUGACACUAGGGGUGUAGUGGUGUGUUUGUUUGAGCACCUACUUUGUUGUGUGAUCUGUUUCCCACUUUCCGUGGGUGGAUCCCCCUCGCCCGAGCCGUGGGCAGCAGCAGUAACGGUUUGUGGUGUGGCCUUGUCUGUGGAGACGUUUUGUAGAGAACCUUUACUGCAAAAGGAAAUUACACCGUUAGCAAUUGAAAGAUAUACAUAAACAUAAACAAACAUAAAUUAAAACUCUGAUCUUACACCCUGCCAGAGGUGGCUGGGGGCGUGGGUUUUCCCUGUCCGGGUAGUGUAUAGGUCCGGACGUAACUGUACAGUAAUUCUAGGUUGUGUGUGUUUGUUGGUAUUGCUGGGAUGUUGGGGCCUCUGUGAAGGUGUCAGUCUAAAUCCACCUGUACUGGUUCAGGUGUCGCUGCGGAUGGGUUAGCAGGCGUUGCCAGCUCUGACAGAUCUAAUUUUUUUAAAAUAAUUUUGUACUGUACACAAUGUUUGCAUUUGAUCUUAAAAGCUGCCAUGUGAUAGUAAAUAGUUACUGGCUAACACUGAAUGGUUGUUAUUGUAUACCCUUUUCACCUCCUGUAAAGGCCAUCUUGUGUGUCUCUUAUAACCCCCCUGUGUAUUUCUUUCCCCAGACCUUUUGUGUGUCUCUUAUAACCCCCCCUGUGUAUUUCUUUCCCCAGACCUUUUGUGUGUCUCUUUCCCCCACCCAUACUUUUUGUGUGUCUUUCUCCCCCCUCCCCCCCCCAGUCAGAGAUAUGCAAGCACACAGCCAUAUAAUCUACACAUACAGAUGCAUAUAGUCAUACAGAUAGAGGCAUAUAGAGCAGGGACGGAUCCAAAGCUUAAUCCCGGGAAUGGCAUUGGUAGUGGGUUGUAGUGGCUGUAAUUGAACAGUUAGGGAAUGUGGUAGGGGGCUGUAGUGGGGGGACAGGGGCUGUAGUGGGGAUAUUAUGGGACUGUAGUAAGAAAAUAGGGGUUGUAAAGGGGGGCAUGGGGCUGCACACGGGGGCUCUGGGGCUAUGUUGAAAGGUGCAAGGUCUGUGAGAGGGGCACAGGAUCUGCAGGGGGCAGGGGCUAUCGAAGGGGCCACAUAGGCUGUUGAGAGGGGGAACAACUGCUGUAAAGGGGGCCACAUAGGCUGUAGAGGUGGGAACAGGUGCUGAGGAAGGGGACGGAGUCCCAAGAGGACAGUGGAGGGGGCGAGGGCUGAGGGGAACCGAGCUGAGAAUGACGGAGCUGAGAAUGGGGACCGGAGCUGAGAAUGGGGGACCGGAGCUGGGAGAAUGGGGGGGAGCUGAGAAGGGGGGGGAACUGGAGCUGAGAGGGGGGAACUGGAGCUGAGAAGGGGGCGGAACUGGAGCUGAGAAGAUGGGAGACAGGAGCUAAGAGGGGUAGACUGGCUGAGGAAGGGAGACAGGGGCUGAGGAAGGUGGACAGGGGCCGUGGGGCAGCCAAAAAAUGUCCUGCGGCCAGGGAAGUCAGCCUCAGUGUAAAGGUGUAAAUAUGUCCUGACUUAUAUUGUCUGGGUUUAGUUUCUAUUUAAAUUCAGUGUUUGUUUAGGAUAUAAACUUAAGUGAAUAUGAUAUUUUACUAUUUACAGAGUAUGGGUCAGAAGAUAUUGACAUCCUUCCCAAUGGAUUGGCAUUUAUUAGUUCUGUAAGUAUUAAAACAUUAACGUGUGCUCAUUUCAGUUUGACUAUGGUGAGGAUAAUGCAGGGAAAAUUUAUACUAUUUUUGUAUGCGUAAUCCAUCAAAAGGGGAACAAUCUUUGCAAUUCCAGAAAAUUUAAAUAUAUGUCCUUGUGGGAAGUGUAUUUUUGGAGCAAUACACCAUUAAUCAUUUUUGGAAAGUGAAAGUAACUGGAAACCUCAUGUCUCUCCUUACUUUGCACAAACAGGAAGUUGAAUAAGAUAGCCUGUAUCAGUGGUUCCAAACCUAUUUUUUUUUUUUUUCAUUCAAGCACCCUUUGAUAGCCCAUUUCCAUAAAUUGUACCCCUCAUAUUAAAAAAAUGUUUGUAAUUAAUAUAGUUGCUGACAUUUCAAACUUAAAUGUUUUUUCUCUGCCCUAAGCUCCCUUGCUUCUCCUCUGCCCAAAGUUCCUUUUAAGCUAUCUGACCUCACAUUUUUUUAAUAUAAUACAAUGUCUCACAAAUAGAAAAACAGUAAUUCAACAAUAUUUCCACUGAUAUUUUUGUUUCUUUUGUUGAAAUAUAAUUGUUUUAGAAUUUGUCUGGAUUAUCAACUCCUUUAAUGUAUUUUUGUUUUCUCAUCUUUCUUAGUAAAACAGUCAAUUAUCAUUUUUCAAAUUUACCCCAUCAUAACUGGAAGAUCUUAACCCUCUCGCCAGUCUCCCCCUCUAGAUAUUCUGAGACCAUGAUUGCUCCCGCUUCCUAAAUCUAUGGCUAGAAGUACAUAUAAGGGGCCACUUUGUGUUAUGCUAAAUUCUCAAGUUGACAAGUUUUGGCACUCACUACAUCCUUCACAAACUACGGCUGUGGGAAAAAGGCAUUAUCUCACUCAAAGCAACUUUAGCUUCAUCGUGCAGUUUUGGUGCAUAGCUCAUACCCCUACAGUUAAAUAAUAGUCUCCAUGGGGAAAUGUUUUAAUUUUUCAAUCUGCUAUUACAGCACAGUGUGUUUACUUUAGAAGUUUUUUUUUCUCCUACUCUGUUAAUUGAACUUUAAUCACACACAAUAUGCUCUUGCAGUCUCUAGCAGGCUAUUAAUAGAGCAAGAGAUAAGAAUUUCUAAAUUAAAGGAAUUUCUAAAUUAAACACUAUAGUUACCAACACUACUUCAUCCCAUUCUAGGUGCCGUGGUCUUUUAGUUUUAACCCUGCAAUGUAGAAACUUCAAUGUUUAUAUUGUGGGGUUGGGUCUAUUUCUGACAGCCACUAGAGGCGCUUCCUUCUCCACACAAAGUAAAACUUGGUCUGGAAAGUCAAGCAAUAGUUAUAGCAGAAAACUGUUCUAGCUAACCAUUUUGCCGCACAUGUGUUCUACAAUCCAAUUCAUCAUAUGUGAAGCAUACGAUCCAUAUGAGAAGCAUUGGAUCACACAAGAUCGCGGGUGAUUUCAGCAUGCUUGCUGACCUCACCAGAGGCAGAGCUGGAGUCCUGACACUGGAAACGGAGUGAGUAGUAGUAGUUUUACUUGAAUAUUUACAGUGCAAAUUAGGAUGGACAUAAAGGAACCUAUAGUGUAGAAAUUAGUUUCGGGACUAUAGGUACCUUUUAUCCAAGAGGAAAAAACUCACAGGCACUCCAACUUCAAGCCGCAGGCAGAUUUAUUAUGACAGAAUGCAACGCAACGUUUCGACCGGAAAGGUCUUUUUCAAGCUGCACCUCCCUUAUUUAGUAAUUGCUAAAUGAAAUAUUUUUUGUAUACCUGCACCUCCCUUAUUUAGUAAUUGCUAAAUGAAAUAUUUUUUGUAUAUUGGGAUUGCUGGUCCUGCUCUGGAGCACCCUUGGCCGUUGGGAUUGGGUGCGGUUCUCAUCACUUACUCUGCUCUAUAGGUACCUUUUAAACACACUGUGCAAUAAGGUACGUUAAAAAAUAAAAACAAUUGAUUCUUUAUUAGAAAGUAUUUAAAUAGAUUGUGUAAGGGCAGGUGUGUCUAGAAGUGAAUGAACAAAGCAAUUUAACUCUUGAAUGAGAAUUGAUUAUUAAAGGACCACUAUAGUGCCAGGAAAACAUACUCGUUUUCCUGGCACUAUAGUGCCCUGAGGGUGCCCCCACCCUCAGGGUCCCUCUCCCGCCGGGCUGGAUGGAGAGGAAGGGGUUAAACUUCCUCUUUCUCCAGCGCCGGGCGGGGAGCUCUCCGCCUCCUCUCCUCCUCUUCAGCUGAAUGCGCAUGCGCGGCAGGAGCCGCGCGCACAUUCAGCCAGUCCAUAGGAAAGCAUUCACAAUGCUUUCCUAUGGACGCUUUUCACAGUAAGAAGCGCGGAAGCCCUCUAGCGGCUGUCAGUGAGUUUCUCUGAAACUGUUAUGUUUAUAGAAAAAAGGGUUAAUCCUAGCUGGACUAGGCACCCAGACCACCUCAUUAAGCUGCUGAAGUGGUCUGGGUGCCUAUAGUGGUCCUUUAAGACUGCAGGGGCAUGAUCUAUACCCUCAAUUAGAGUAUCAUUUGAUUGUUUUUACACCUGCUACCUACCCAGAAAACUGUUCUAGCUAACUGUUAAUCCUUUUGUUAAAGGGACACUAUAGUCACCAAAACAAUGUUGGCGUAAUGAAGUAGUUUUGGAGUAUAGAUCAUGUCCCUGCAGUCUUAUUGCUCAGUUCUCUGCCAUGUAGAAGUUUAAUCACUUUGCUUAUGCAGCCCUAGUCAAACCUCCAUUUGUGAAUUACACAGCCUUCCUAAACAAUUCCUGUAAAGAGUCAUCUAAUGUUUACACUUCCUUUAUUGCAAGUUCUGUUUAAUUCAGAAUUUCUUAAACCCCUGCAAUGUUAAAAGCUUGCUAGACCCUGCAGAAGACUCCUGUAUGUAAUUAAAGUCAAAUUCAGAGAGCAGAAGAUAAAAACUUUAAUAUUACGUUACAUCUUAUAUCUGAUUGAAAUUGAAACCAUUUAUUUUUUUUAUGCAGCCUGUGCAUAAACAGAACCAGAAGUGAUUUAACGCCUAAAUGGUAGAGAAUUGAGCAGUGAGACUUCAGAGGCAUAAUAUAUACAGACACACAAUUGUUAAUUAAGCUACAGUUGUUGUUGUUUUUUGACUAUAGUGUCCCUUUAAGUAACAAUUUCAUAAAUUUUUUUGGUCAUCUAUUUUUACAUGUCUGUUCAUUCAAUUACACUAACCAUGUCUUUCUCAUUUUUAGUAUUUCACUAAAAAUUUAAAAAUGUGAAAAGCAGGAAUGCCCUUUAGUGUUGUUGUUGUUGUUGUUGUUGUUGUUGUUGUUAUUAUGAAACAAAUACUAUAACCAAUCCAAAACCCACACUAAAGUUCUAUUUCUGUAAUUUUAGUUGUUCAUUGCCGACUGUGCAAUAUUGUCAUGAACAACUCUUCAAAUAAAUUAAAAUGCAUGAUGUAUCUUUUAUUUAAUUUUUUUUAGGGUGUAAAAUAUCCUGGUAUAAUAAGCUUGGCACCUGAAAAACCUGGAGAAAUAUUUCUGUGGGAUCUUAAUGAAGAAAAUCUGCGUCCAAACUCAUUGCGUUUCAGCAGUGGGUUUGAUAUCUCCACAUUUAGUCCCCAUGGUAUCAGUACUUACAUUGAUGAAAAAGGUAGGUUGCUCGUAUUUAAAGCGUUACUUUAGCCACCAUGACCACUUCUGCUUCUGGAAAUGGUCACGGCCAGCCCCUGCUUGCCAGAUUGCUAAUACACAAUUUUUACAUCAGCAUUAGCAAUAUUCAAUAAAUCUACAUUUAUAGACCUUUAUAGACUGAGCCCGUGGGAUGAUGGGAGAAAACCGAGGGAUGGUGCCGGCAGCCCAGUAGUCCCAUAAACAUUAAAACAGCAUGCGGUUGCAUAUGGUUGGAUAGAGUGCAGCAAAGACAAAAGAAAACAUUGCCAAAAAGAGAAACAUUGUAACUGAAAGAAAAAGCAAAAAAUAUUCAUAUGAAGAACACAAUUAUAAUUCAAAAACUUUUUAUUUAAAUAAAUGACCAAAAAACUAAAUGAGACCAUUUGCAAGAGGGUGAACACUCUAUAAAUAACUACAUUUCCUAAUUAAAGGAUCACUAGUCAGACUGUAGAUCUGAAGGAAAACUAGGACAAUGCAGAAGAAAGAGCACUCUACAGUUGUGAGUACUCCGACUACAUCAGUUAAGACAAAGUAAUAUCAAAGAUUUUAAAAAUCCCAGUUAGACACUGCAUAGAAAAGGAAAAUAUUUCAUUUUGUCUCUUUGUAAAUCUCUGGUGGGACCAAACCUUGACUAUGCUGUGCAGGAUUGUGCACAUGUUCUAAAGAAGGAUAUUAUGGCACUAGAAAAAGUGCAGAGACGAGCUACAAAAUCUGAUAAAAGGAAUGGAGCAUUUUAGUUAUGAAGCAAGGUUAACAAAUGUUUUUGUGGCAAAAUGAUGGGAGUGAGCAGAAAGAAAGAAAAGGCACCGAAAUAAUGAGCCAUUCGUGCAUUUGGAUGAAGCAUUCAGCCUUUUGAAUUACAGACAGUACGCGACUUGCAAAUAAACUAAUGGCGUAUGGAAGAAUUUUGUUUAACGCCCGUUCGUUCGUUAGGCUCCUGGGGAACCACACUUUUUUUUUUUAAAUUAAGUCAACAUUUAGGCAUUUCAAAAAAAACUCCAAACAGUAAAAACAAUUAAAAAUAAAAUGGUGACGAGCUGUUAUCUAUCCUGUAAAUUGAGUUAAUAGUAUUGUAGCUGACAGUAUUAUUAGUAUUAGUAUUAUUAAUGUUCAUUUUAUGAUUAUUUUUUUUUGUUUGGUUUUUUUCCUGCAUGAUUCCAAUUAUUUAUUUUUUAUCGUCCUCUUAGAUGACACGGUAUACCUGUUUGUGGUUAAUCACCCACAUUAUAAAACUACCAUUGAAAUAUUUAAGUUUGAAGAAGAGGAAAAUGUACUUAAGCACCUGAAAACAAUUAAGCAUGGCCUGCUACCGAAGUAUUAUACAUUUUAUUAUUAUUAUUUAUAUAGCAGUGUAUAUAUAUAUAACAUAUUCUACAGCUGUGUAUAUUGAUCCUCCAGACACAAAAAGAUCCAGUAGUACACAUUAGGGGCUUAUUCAUGAAACAUCAUACUGUAGUGAAUAAAAAAACAGAUUGGAAAAUGUAGGCUAAAAUCUUUGUGCUCAUUCUUCUGUGUUCUAUUUGCCCCAUAGAGCUUACAUUUCUUACAAUACUGUGUCUGUCAGUUAAAGGGCUAAUCCAAGCAUCAUAACUUUAGCUCUCUGUAAUAGUUAUGCUGUGAGGAGUAACCUGGCACCCGGUAAGGGAGCAAACCGUUUGCUAACAUUUUGGCACUUACCUGGGACCACCAGGUGCUGAUGCAAAUGACCAGAUACUGAUCCUGUCACUCACUGAUUGGAAAAGAAAACACGUUCUCACAGUAAUUGUGAGUGACAUAGACUCGGGGCAAGUGUAAUCACUGUCCUUAUUCCUCAGAAUCCCCCAGUCAGCUCCUUCUUAAAAAAUAAAUAAAUAGCCCUUUGAUCUAAACUUAUCCUAAAAAUUUUUUUACCUCCCCCUCUAUACUAUACCAAUUUUAAAUGGCGGCCUGCUCUUCUGCAUUAAAAUGGGACACAACAUUAAAAUCCCACUUUUCAAAACUAAAAUGGCUAGGUGCCACACUUGUCACUGUAAUGCCAUCAAAACAUUCAAAGGUAAACACAACAGACAUUUUAUUGCUCGGUAGAUCAAGCUAAUAACAAAUUUGGGAGGAAAUGUCAAGUUGUAUCUGCAUUUGUAAUAAAAACGGAAUUUUUACUUGAAAUUUUGUCGAUAUAAAGAGACUGGCUGCAUUAAGAGUGCAAGUGUAAAUCCUACCGUGUGUCUUAUUUUAAACUAUAUAUAUAUAUAUAUAUAUACAUAUAUAUAUAUAUAUAUAUACUUUUGUCUUUUUAGGGUUAGUGAGAAUUUUUGAGAAUUUAAAUUGAAUUUUAGUUUUAAGGCCUAUAGAGACAAACAGUUCUGAAUUCUUGUUUGGUUAUUUUGACCUUAAAUUAAAAAUUCUUUUUGAUUUCACUGCAAAUGUCCAACAUUUAGUAAAUAACCCCGUAUCUGUUACCACUAUUGAUACUCAUCUUAUCAAAAUCUAACAACCAUAAGCUUUGCAAUGCUUUUGGUUUAUGCCCUUAUAAAAUAUUUCUUCCCCUCCCCUCCCCCCCCCAUUAUUCCAGAAGCUAAAUGAUUAGUUAGAUAUUUCUAGAGGGUGUUCAAAGUGCGAAGUGUUCUUUAAAAAACACAUUUGCAAAUGCCGCUGGAAAUUGUGAUCCCCUUUUUUUCCUUUCUGUACCCCACCUCCCUUCUUUUGUUUUGAAAAAGAUCCAUAAAAACUUUACAUAUAAAAAAAAAAAAAACACGAUUGCCCACGAAAUAAACCUUUGAACAAAGACAUAGCAAAAAAAAAAAAUAACUUGUCAUGAAGGGGUUAAUGUGUGUGAAACUUACACAUAAAAGCCCUAUCAAGUUCAAGAAGAUAUUCCACCAAUUAGGAGACUAAUUCUAUUCUAAUGAAUUUGAUCUUGUCCCAUUAUAAGACAAAAGAAAGGGUUGUUUUUUGUUUUUUUUACUCUAAGAACAAUAAGCAUGUAGAAUUCUCUGCCUGAAGAAGUGGUUUUAUCAGAGUCUGUACAGAUGUUUAAAUAGCAACUAGAUGCAUACUUGCAAAAACAUAAUAUUCAAUUAUGUAAUUUUUCAACUGUAGGGUAAUAGCUUCUUGAUUCAAGGAAAAAUCUGACUGCCGUUCGGGGGUCAAGAACGAUUUUUUUUUUUCUAGUGCAAAAUUGGAAGUGCUUCAAACUGGGUUUGCAAAAAACUAGAUGUGAGGAAGGCUGAACUUGAUGGACACAUGUCUCUUUCCAGCCUAUAUAACUAUAUAAUAAUAUGCUAUAUAACAAGGUUUUGUGGGAGAUUUCCUUUAACCAGUCUUCAAUCGUCACAAUAUAGUGGCUGAUAUCCUUUUAUUAACCGCCCUUAUUCACAGUUUUGGGAACAGGGCUGGGCACUGCAUUCUCCUAAGGAUUGAUAUGGAUUUGAAGUAAAUCUCUCCUUUGAUGUCAAAUGGAAAGGGACAGUCUCAUGGCUGGUGAAAUUCUUACAAAACUUGUAUGCAGGGAGUUAGGUUGCACAUCUUUUAAUAAACAACUGAUUACUCUAAAACAUCUUAUUUUUCCUUGCAGUGUUAACAAUAUUGUGCCUCUGGGACCUGAGAGCUUUUAUGCCACCAACGAUUAUUAUUUCUCAGAUUUUACCAUGAGACACCUGGAAUUGUUCUUCGGGUUAGGAUGGUCGGACGUGGUUUACUACAGCCCCGGUGAAGUGAGACAAGUGGCCUCUGGAUUCUAUAGUGCGAAUGGAAUCGCCAUGUCAACUGAUAAAAAGUAAUGUAUAUAUUAUUCAACCAUUUGGAUUGGGAAACUGUGUAAGGCGAACCAUGAAUGUACACUGUACACUUAUUAUGUAGAACAGAUUACUAUGUACAAUAGUGAUGGUUUGUUGCCAAAAUAAUUAUACUUAAAAACAAAAUAAGCUGCAACACUAGAUUAUUCACUGUGGUGUAUUACCAAACUAUAUAAAUUAUGUACACAUACACAUAUAAACUCUGGUCUGUUUACUUUAACAAAUAUUUAUUCAGAGACAAAACAACAACAACAUACAAAUAAUGACACACAAUCUAACUAAAACCACAAUCUAACUAACUGACAAUAACAACUAAACCUUAUAAAGUCAUCAGAUCCCACUCACAGUUCACCAUUAUAAAAAUUAUCCCAUGUCUGCUCAGUAGCACAGCCAAGAAGAAACAGGGAGGAAUGGGGAUAAGGGGAAGUGGUUAUCUCUUUCCUGACUUGUAAAGGUAUUGAAUUACCAUAUCAAAGGGUAAAGCACAUUCCGCUGUCUUGGUCACAUGACCCCUGCUCACCAUAUUAGUUUGAUGACAAAAUUUCACCACAUUCACCACCUAUCUAAAGAACUUUAAAUAUAAAUAGACAAAUAAACAAAGCAAGUGGCAUAGAAGAUGGACCUCCCCACCAAUAACUCCCACCCAGAGCGGUAGCUCUAGCAACAAUAUGUAAAAGGCUAAAAUAAAACUAAAAUGUUUGUUACGAAACCCACUGUGUCUAAACCAAAAUCGUAUGGAAUAUUCUUUACACAAACUGAACACGAGAAGCAGGCCAAUUGAGAAAAACAGCAUCGAGGGUCCAAUAAAGUAUGAACGCUUGCACUUAAGGGAUACUAUAGUGCCAGGAAUACAAUCACCCCCAUCUCCCCGGUAAAUAGAAGGUUAUUUACAUGCCUGAUCCCAGCUCCGAUGUCCCUCUGCGCUGGGUCGAAGCUCCUCCUCCUCCGUCCCGCGACGAGGGGGCUCUAAUGCGUAUGCGUGGCAAAUCUAAUGCUGGGUGUCCUGAUGCAGAGCGCGAGUACGUCCAGCGUCCGAUACUGAGCUGAAGUGGUCAGGCUGCCUACAGUGUCCUUUUAGCUGCUGUUUAGUUCCUAUAUUCUAAUUCUCUUUUUGUCCUUUGUGCUUCCCUAAAGGUUCAUUUACGUUGCUGAUAUCUUUGGUCAUACAAUUACUGUUUUGGAAAAACAAGCAGACUGGUCCCUGUCUCCAGUGAAGGUGAUAUGUUUUUCAUCACUAAUAUAUCCAAAUGUAGUGAUAAUACACAGAAUAAAAGUAAAUAGUAAUGACUUCUAUAGUGCUUUUUCUUUACAACAUACUUUUAUUUUGUGAUGUAAUCUCUAAAAUAUUUCACUAGGAUUGUAGAUGUCAUCUUUAUUUUAACUGAAUUCUUCUGGAGGGGAAGAGAACAGAGAUGUUUGGCCAGAUUUGUUAAACCAUAUUUUUAAAACCUCUUGUGCGUCACCCAGAUGGUUUUGAGCAUUACACUUCAAAUUGCAUUAAGGAUCUAUUCACUGAACCUGGAAUAAUUGGGAAUUCACAAAGGAAUUGCUAAUUUCAUUUUGAAUUGGAUAAAUUGUAAAAGAGCUGACAUUUGUUUUAAUAUGGAUGCUUUGGUCUAAAAUGUCCAAUUCCCAUGCUCCAGUUCCAAGUUUAGUGAAUAACCCCUAUACCCUCCGAGAAUGAUAACAUCCUCAUAAGAAGGAAGUUGUUAUGGUGCCAGGAGGUCCCUAGUUGACUUACCAUCAAUGAAAAAAACAGUUCAUUAUCUUUUCUCAAUCUAUAUUGUGAAUUGGAAGCUACAGAUAGGCUGAGAGCCUCAGCUGACACCACACCACAACCCUUUAUAUACACUAUAAGACACACAGUUUCUUCUACACACUUGCAAUACCACAAACAACCUCCAAACACAUACAACACCACAGAGGGGUGCAGAUUGAGUCUCCCAUGUUCGCCUCCCCAACAGAAGCCUGCACAGGCCUGGUGAGGGAGAGCUUUGUUCUCUUUACCGGGCCUGCCAGCGACUGAAGCUAUAUAGCGAUACUUAAAAUGAUCUUUCUAUCCAUAUACACAUAUACACACAGAAUACAGGACGCAAGCAGUAACAAAAACUGUCCAAUAUUCUGAAAAAUACUGUAUAUACACUGAUACACACAUUAUGUGUGUUCACUGUAACAGUUCUCUUUCUCCCCUUUAAUUGUUAGCACUUUCACAAAGUUGUUUUGGAGGUAUGGUCUUGUUUUUUUUUUUUGUUUUUUUUGUAUUUCUCUUAUUCUGUCAUUAUUUAUUUCUGACAAUAUGGAAAAUAGUAUCGAUGGUAUCUAUCAGCUCUUAGCUGUAACUCUGAAUUUAAUUCAAAAUGUUGUUCUGUUCAGAAAUGCUUCAGAUUUGUUGUUUUGUUGUAUUAAUCUUUAUUUUUUACUUUAUUUUUAUAAAAGGUUCUGCAAUUAGAUACACUUUUGGACAACUUAGUUGUAGACCCAAAUACAGGGGAUAUCUGGACAGCUGGACAUCCAAAUGGCAAAAAAUUAUUAUUUUACAAUCCUGAUGAUCUACCUGGAUCUGAGGUCAGUGUCCACAAACUAAUAUGGAAUAUCUUACCCCAUUUUAGAAAAUAAAAUUACAAAACUGUCACUUCUGCCCUAAAAAUCGUGUAACAUUGUACAUGACCUGUAACAUUGUCCCAAAGAAUUGUUGUAUUGCAAUGUUCCUUGGACUGAAACUGCUACAGUAUUUUUAUACUGUUUUGGUGUGUAGGUUCUGCACAGUAUCAACAAAUCUUACUAUGGUUUAACCUCAUAUCAUGCUGUUAUACAUUCCUAACUCCAAAAGGUAUAAUCGUCUUGAAAUGGACUCCAGAGAAGAAAAGUGGAAAUGGGGGUUGUGGUGCCAGAGCAAUAUCUGUCUGUCUAGAUCAGUGGUGCCCAACCUUUUUUGAACCAAGAUCUACUUUUAAAGUUGCCAGCUCGUGGAGAUCUACCAGUUCACAUAGGAAGCUGUGUCCAUUGUCUAUCAGUGCAUUUAACAUGCACCUAAUAAACAGAAAACCCAUUCAGAUAUCAUAAAAAGUAGUUUGUGAGUUGCAAAGCUGUGGCAAUAAAUGUAUUUCCCUACCUCAGUGGGACUUCUGACAUUGGGAGGAGCCAGCUAGUUUCUCAUAGUCAGGGCAGUAGGAGUUGGUUGCAAGCAUUAGGCAGGCCACAAGGUGAAUGUCUGUCAUUAUGGAUCUGUACUUCGAAUUUAUGAUUUUUCAUGUGAGAGAAAGCAGUUACACACAAAUAAGUUGAUCCAAAAAGUGCAGUCAAGUUCAAGGCACAUCUUCUGAGGUUGGGCACUUCAGUGAGCACUUCCUUUCAGUACGGCCGGGUACAGGAAACAGAAGUUCCUGUACCACGGUGCGCCCACCUCCUGCUGUUGCGAUCGACUGAGAAUCAGCCCACAAUCGACUGGUCGAUUGAGAUCGACUGGUUUGGCACCCCAGGUCUACACUAUAUGGCCAAUAAUAUGUGGCCACCCCUAGUAAUUGAGCUCAGUGACUUUAAACAUGACAGUGUCAUAAGAUGUCCCCUUUGCAAAAAGUUAAUUUGUGAAAUUUCUACAAUACUAAAUCUGCUCUGGGUAACUAUAAAUACAAUUAUUGUAAUGGGGAUGCACAUAGAACAGCCCAUCCACAAAGUGGUAGAUCAUGCAUAUGCACAAAGAGGGAAUGCUGAGUGCUGAAGUAUGCAGUGUGUAAAAAUCUCCUAUCCUCUGUUGCAUCACUUAUUACAGAGUUGCAAACUGCCUCUGAAAGAAAAAGCACAAGAGCUAUGCAUCAUUAAUUGGGUUUCCAUAUCAAAUCAGCUUCGUGCAAGCCACACAUCAACAUACACAAUGCCAAGAAUCAACCGGACUCAGGAAUGGUGGAAACAUGUCUGUAGCGGAGAGCUGGUAUUACACAGCCUAUCUCUACUUUGGAUCGCAGUGAAGCUCAGGAACAAGCAAUUAUAAAUCCAUAGGGCAAAGUAUCCAGCAGGCAAAAUAACACAGCAGUAUCCCAACAGCACUCCCAAUAACUGGACGACACACAGUAUCAGGAGCAGGACUAAAGAUUUAUUCAGACAGUGGCCUUAUAAAGCAUGCUCCCAUGCAAGAGAGGGAUUUUCAUUCAUUAGUACAGUAGCCAAUCCUGUUCUAGUAACCUCCCACACCUCUCCUCCUCUUAGUCUGCCUCAUAAUCCCCUUAUCCAGGACACCAAUUCCCCCCGUUUCUGGAUGUACCCCUAAACCUAGGGGUACCACUUUAAAUUAUACAUCCCCAGGUAGCCCUGAUCUGGGUGAACAACAUAUCCAAAAAUCACCCAGAUCAGGGGUUCGGGAAAUUUAUGGAGGGAAUAAAAUGACCGACCGCGCUGGAAAGAGUAGCCGAAUUGGGUUCCAUGCGAUGGGGCCCUGUGGUCGGUCCUGGAACGAGGGAAUAGUUUACACAAAAGCCUCCAGUUACAGAGACUGGGGAGGGUUUGCCUGAAUCCUCUCGUUCGGUUGUUUCUAUCUACUGAACGAGGGGCUGUUUGGUAGUUUGGAACCGAACGGACCGGGCUUGUGGAGGUCUCAGCGGUGUUCGUCUAGUCGAGUGUCCAAUUUGAGUUCCAGACACUAGGACGGCAAAACACCGCUGUUCGGGAGUUUUAAAAUGGCCGCCGCCACGUGUUCGUUUCCCGAAUGGCGGCCACCCCAGAGAACAAAGGACUGCUACUCAGCUUGUCAAUUUACCCGUUCGCAACAAUGUUGCAACGGGUAAUUGAAGGCACACUUCACACCGGGGAGGUCUGACUGUUCGGUAGUUUCAUUCCCUUAUUUGUUGGAAUGAUUCUACCGAAAAAUUAGACGAAUACAAUACAUUUACCACAUAUAACUUUGCCAUUUACACGAAUGCAGUUAAAACUUAUGUAAUUUUCAGGACAGCCCAGUGCCAUCCGCUACAAUGUCCACUGGAGCAAUGAGUGUCUAUUGUAAAGUUUUGUGUAGUGGUCUGGAAUUGGGCAAUAAAGGAUCAUCUUAUUGCUGCAGGUUAAAAAGACAUUUUAGACAAUUGCAUGUUUACAACCUUGUAGUAACAGUGACUUUAUUAGUAUAAGUUUAAUGAAGCUAUCUUGGCACAGUGUUUAUUUUAUAGGGUAUGUUUGGGGUUAAAAAAGCAAAACGCGUGUCCAACACUUCUCAUGCAAGGGUUAAUAUAACUCUCCAUGACUUACCCAUCAUUAAAGUGUUCACCUUGUAGGCUGCUUUUCAGCCGCUAUAUUUCUGGUGAUCCUCCUUUUUUGUCAAAGAAAUAAGGCAAUUAUCAGGCAUCACCAGAAAAUAAAUUCUGGGCAGUCUGAAUUUAAAAAUCCCAAAAAGAGUAUUUAGUUAAACAUCACUUUACAUGACAAGUGGCCCAUACAAGCACACAAUAAUAGCCUUUCAAUGGACUUAGUUCUCUGUGCUACUUGUGGCAUUGUUCCCUCAUGAGUAAAAUUAAGCUGUAGCCCUUUCUGUGUAUGCAAAUAGGUUUUUAAAUGAAGGGCCUGGUACUGCUGUCUGCCCAUAUUCUCAGGCUGAUAGAAUGUAUGACUUACAUUUGUAAGUAUUAAGCCAUAAAUAAAAAAUCUAUUUAUAUGCAGUGUGAUACUUUGUCAAUACAACUGUUUGUCAUGCCCUACACUCUACAUCUACUGAACCCAUAGGGAUAAUAUAUAAGUUGUUGCAUCAUGCUUGCAGGUUAAAAGGCCAUCUCAUGAUGAAGAGGCUUGUUAUCAGAUGCUGUUUGCCAGCCUUCAUCAAAGAAAGGACCUUAGAAAUGUCACCACAUGAGUAUAUGGCCUCCCUCCAGAAUAUUUCCAGUACCUUGUUGAAUCAAUAGCAUAAGAAUUCCAGACCUUUUCUAAUAUUAGUUGCCAUUUAAUGUAUAUUCAUUGGGGCAAUGCUCACAUCCUUGGAUAUGAUCCAUAAUAUACAGGAGUUUCUACACAUCUGUACUACACAGGCUACAGAUAUUCUAAAGCUAAAUUAAAUGCCUAUCUAUCUCAAAAUGAACUUGGUGUCUAACACUCUGUUAAAUGUUUUUCCAUUGUAGGUUGUCCGUGUGCAGAACAUUCAUUCUGACAAUCCUAUAGUGACCCAAGUAUAUGUGAACAACGGCUCAGUGAUACAGGCGUCUUCUGUGGCUGCCGUCUACGAGGGGAAACUUUUUAUAGGAACUGUAUUUCAUAAAGCUCUGUACUGUGAUCUCGAGUAACCACAUGCACUCUGUAUAACAUCUUUCUCCAGAUCAGUUAAACUACAACCACUGUUUUAAAUACUGUUGUAUAAAAUGAUUACCUGCAGGAAAAAAGUACCAGUGUAUCAGGUGUGCCAAAUAUAAAAGUGAAAUAUGUUGGUGAGACCGCUUCUUUAAACAAUUCAGUGUGGGCAAUGUACUUCAUCAAAAACAUUUGACUUUUAUUAAAAAAAAAGUUUACCAAUAAUGGUAUUCAUUAUUGGUGUACACCACUGUUGUUUUUAUUUUAUAUAUUUUUUUUUCUCCUAAAAGGCACGAUUAGCAUAUUUUUUCAAACAUAUUUUUAAGAAAGGUAGAAGCAAAAUUGGCCCAAAGAGCUCAUGCUUUUGUAUUUAUAAGUAGUAUAGUAGUGUAGUUGUUCUGGAUUUCCGACUGCAAUAACUUUUUUUAACGAGCUGCCACCUGAAAACUGUCCACAUGUUCAGUCCUGCAUCUUUCAAGUCUUCUAUAUAUUAUCAUAAACCAUACAUUGAUUUGAUCCAUGGACAUUAAACACCAGUUAGGUUUUCUGGUUGAGCCUCUCUGCCCUGUAUUGGCAGCAAUGAAUUGGGUUGGGUCUGUCUUUAUAUUUUCAAACAGGGGAAUUAGGUGUUUGUGUGAAUGGGAGCCCACGGUAGUCACAUGUGGAAAAAAUACAUUCAGUGCACCAGCAGAUGUAUUGGGAAGUGUAAACUUUGGUAAAAUGUGCUAAAAUACAGAAAUAUCUUUGGAUAAAAUUAAACAAAGCCAUGUGGAGCUGGCACAUGAUUCUGGGACAAUGCUUGGUCUAGUGUGUGGAGGGGCUAUUUACCAUACUUUCAUUUUAGAACUAAACUUUUGUGCACUAUAAAUGCAUUAAAAUUUUCACUGUACCAAACCAACAUCUGUCACGCUAAACAUGCUAAACAAUUGGGUUUAUGGUCCACACAUUCUUCAGUACCAGUAGUUUCCUGUUAAAUAUAAUUAAAGGAAUACUGUAUUCCUGACACUAUAAUGUUAAAACCACCAUCUGUUUCCCCCCCCCCCCCCCUCAAUAUAGUAAAAUCGUACUGCUGGCUCUAACCCCUGAUCUGCCUGCUUGACUGACAUUAUCAGAGCCAAUCACCAUGCCAGGGGCGGACUGAGAACCCUCAGGGCCCCUGGGCAAAAUAAAUCAAGGGCCCCCUAACAGGCCCAACCCAUGCUCCGCAGCAAGCCCCACCCUUGUUCCGCCUCCAGCCACACCGUACACAAUCUUUAGACACAAGGAACAAAAGUGCAAUAAUCCCCUCGAGGCCCCAGUAGAGACUACAAUUGAGGGCUAAUGGGCCAUGGAGGAGGGUCUUUCUAGCAGAGGCUAUCUCAGUGUCCUUUAUAGAGUGUGUUAGAAAGAAUCCCCUCCAGGCCCCAUUAGAGACUACAAUGGAGUCUAAUAGGCUUGGAAGGGGGUCUUUCUAGCAGAGGCCAUCUCAGCAUCCAUUAGAUAGCCUCUGCUGGAAACAGUCGCCUCCAGGCCCCAGUAGAGACUACAAUUGAGGGCUAAUGGGCCAUGGAGGUGAUUUCUAGCAAAGGCCAUCUCAGUGUCCUUUAGAGAGUGUGUUAGAAAGAAUCUCCUCCAGGCCCCAUUAGAGACUACAAUGGAGUCUAAUGGGGCCUGGAGGAUGGUCUCUCCAACACUCUGGUUCCUAUUCACAAUAUAGCAACACAACAUAGCUCACUGAUACCUAGGCCAAGUUGGCUCCUCUUACCUUAAUUACUGUUGCUGGCUGGCUGUCUGUGGGCUUGCUGGAAGGCUGUGGGCUUGCUGGCUGCGGCCGGCAAGCUGUGGCUUCCUUGCAGACUGUAGGCUUGCUGGCUACUGCCGGCGGGCUGUAGGCUUGCUGGCUACUGCCGGCGGGCUGUGGGCUUGCUGACUGCGGCUGGCAGGCUAUGGCUUGCUGGCUGCGGCUGGCAGGCUGUGGGCUUGCUGGCUAAGACUGGCAGGCUGUGGGCUUGCUGGUUGUAAGCCUGUGGCUUGCUGUAGGUCUGUGGGCUGGCUGGGUACUGGCCUGGCUGGCUGGUGGCCUGGUUGACCUGUGGGCUGGCUGGCUUGCUGGCUACUGGGGCACUUGUAGAUUAUUUAAAGAAAUAAUCCAUGCACAAUAACCACUGCUGCUCUGUGUAGUGGAUAUGGUGCCAGGAGGGCCGGGAUCCCCUCCAGAGUAAGUAGUCAAACCGUUUAAGAACAGUUUGAAAACUUACCUGGGGUCUGCUGGGAUAUGGGGCUGUAGUAGGGUAUAGGAGCAGUGGUGCAAUGUGUGAGGGGUGCAGUGUUUGUGAAAGGUUCAGUGUGUGUGUGUGGGGGGUGUAGUGUGUGAAUGUAUAGGGUGACUGGGGCAAUGUGUGUAUGGGGGGGCUGUGUAUGUGUGUGGCA